UGAUUGGGUCAGCACAGCUCAGCUUCAUCCUUCCCGCCUCCUCAUGCCCGUUUCCAGCUUCUCUUGGUGCCGCCGCCCAACAGCCCUCUUGCCUGCGACUCUCGUAUCAAUUUAAUAUCAGCCAUCCGAUGCACGCUGCACGUGAGACAUGACAUACCCCGGCUCGCAACCGGAGGCCGCGUUCGUCUCUGGAGCCGAUGCAGACGCUGUGCAGCCCUGGGACUGCACGCAUCCCGCUCCGCCGCUCUCGCUCCUUGGCCAAGGCUCGGAAGGCAACUUGCAGCUCGAUGGCGUCGCUCAUCCGGACCCCAACUGGGCUCACAAUCCUCCGGCCUGCACCUCGCAGGUGCAGACGUCUGGCGCAUCGUGUGUUACACACGAAGCCGAGCUGAUGUCAGGCUUCUUGAUGAAUCCGUUGUCGACACAGCAUGCCUUUGCUGGGUGCGAGAGCGGCCCUGUUGGCCCAGCUGCCGGCGCAAACUGGACUGGGCCUGCCUUCUCAGCAAUCCCGAGUUUGGAUGUGGCGUGCCAUCCGCCGCAGCAGCCAGUGAGUGACGACCCAGUUGGUCCCAUAGCGCUUCAACCACAAAAUCUUCCCUACGGGUCCUUCCUUGGCUCGGCCGGUCCGUCAACGACGGCUCUAGCCCAAUGGAUUGCGCCCGCCUGGGGCACAGCAGAUACCACCGGCCUCAGUCACGUCCGGUUGCUCUCUCAUCAUGGCUUUGACACGACGCUCGAGACAAGUGGCCACGAAGGUGCGAGCUUGUCGUCGAUGUCUUCCAAUCCCUCCCCUUGGCCAGAACCACAUCCACUUUCUCCCGGAUGCACUUUGAACCAUAACUCGAUCAACAACUACUACAGACAGCACUCUUCGAUGUUACUCGCGGACGUUGCAUUGCGUAAUGUUGCCACUCUUGAGUCCUUAGCAGGGCCGCAACGUUCCAAGCCGGAGCACACGCCCCCGUCGAAACCGCUGGCCAUCAUUCAGUACAACCCCAACGGCGACACGGAGCCCAAGGCGUCCAGGAAAAAGCUCGCGCUCGAAGAAGUGACACCUCAAGGGUUGGCUUCUCGAACCCUUCGGCAUAUCUCGCUUCAGGACGCGCACGGAAAGGUCAAGGGGGCCAUGAUGACCUUCGGAAAGCGAGUCAAAACGAGGACAGCACUGAACGAAGAGAAGCGCCGGCGAACCGCCCUGGCGAGGCGAGAGGGCGUCUGCUCUAGAUGCAAGAAUUCGAAACGACAGUGUGACCUUGCUCACAAGUCAAGCCUUUACGUCAGCUGCACCCUCUGUGCUAGCACCAAACUUUACAAGAACGCCCCUCGACUGCCCUGUUUCAAGGCCGGCCUGGUAGAUGUUCUCUUGUUCAGAUCAGGUCCCGCAUCAAACGAGCCGCUUUUCACCAAACGCAGUGCAGUCUACGACCUUGGGGACAUGUCCAAGCCGGACGUGCCUGUCAGGACGCUGAGACUCACCCAGCACCAGGGCGCCCACCAGUUGACGGUCUAUGCCUCCGAGUUUGUUCCCUUGCCCGGCGAUGUCGUUUCGUACAAGUGGCGUGCCCCCUCCGGGGAGACGUGCGAGUUAAAGAUGCCGCCAUUCUGUUUGACCAAUCUAGAGAAGGUCCACAGCAAUCUGCGCCAGUACAUCACCGCAGCCAAGUGGGCGUAUCUCGAGUCCCUCGAGGCCGAGGACCCACUGGCCUGGAUGACUGUUUCCACGGCUAUGGAGUAUGCGAAGGCAAACCCUGGCUCUUUAAUUGCCGACACCCUCAGUCUCUGGUCCAUCUCUCGUAUGAUUGAGAUUCCGUGGGAGAUGUGCGGACCCGACACGCUCGGCGUCUCCGCGGUCGCGGACCAGACCAGCCCUCACUACGGCAAGAUUCCCAUCCCGCCGAUAAUAGAUACACAGCUCGACCAGAUCGUCAUCCAGCUGGUUCUCAAUCCCCUGCGCGCAGCGGUCCUCCGGAAGUUCGAGCAGCUCAUCACGCCAGCGAAACGCGAGGCCUGGUGGGAGGUGUACCUCACCUCCUUCAUCCUGCUCAACCACAUCGAGCACCUGGCACGACACUCCGUCGCCCAUGCCAGGACGCAUACAAUGCCGGGCAAAUACUCCAACAUCCCCUUCCUCGAAGGCGCCUUCCACACCGCCAAGUCCAUCCUCGCCCGCUUCCACUUCGUCUGCAACGGCUCCGCGCCGUUGAGGCUGGACUGGACGUCGCCCAAGGCCGCCGCCAUGGCCAAGCUGGAGCCGGAUCAGGUCGACUUUAUGCGGAGAACCCAGGCCAUGAUCGCGGCAAGAGAAAGCGACGUGCGCAGGCUGCGGGCCUCGCACAAGUAUGAGAGGCCGCUCUAUUGGGCCGGGCAGCUCUUCUUCGAGACUUUCGAUACCUCGCCCGUGCACGUCGUUGAGGAGUUGGACGACGACGAGGAGGAGGAAGAGAAGGAGGAGGAGGAAGGGGAAAAGGAGGAGGUGGAAAAGAAAGACGAAGCAGGCGCUACCCAAAGCGGCGGCUAGCUUGCUGCGGC